UCGUGUUCGGAAGACCAAUGUCUAUCAGUAUCUAUUUGUGUAGUGUAACCAAUCUGCUGUUUGGGAUUUCAGGUGGAUUGACGAUUGGCACGACUGUAUCUGCCGAGCUGACAAUCGACCCCGCUGUAAGUGCCGAACUCUUGCGAUGUUGGACAUGUAACCAGACCGAUCACUGCCGUGACAUGUACGACCUAACGGGAGUGACCACCACGAUCUGUCGACUGGACCAGGCGUUCUGUGCAGUAAUAAAGAACGAAACAGUAACCGGUGACGUCACAUAUGGUCGUAGAUGUCAGGAAGACUGCCGUCCGGACUGUCGCCGUAUCAAGGACAGCUAUGAGAGGAUACAGUGUUUCUCGUGUUGCUCAAACUCUUUGUGUAAUUCUGAGAGAGGGUCGGCAUCCUCCACAGAAAGUUCAACCACUGUACAGCUGCUGAUAAGUGUAUUUCUUAUAUUUCAUUUUAUAUAAGUGUACUUAGACUCAAUCGAGUUAUAUCUCGAAGUGGAUUCCGAGUUUAGAGGAAGAGAAAUCAGUGUAUCGAUGUUUACUUAUUAUAAUUAUCAUGUGUUAACAACAAUGGCAGAAAAAAACCCACAAAUAGUACUUACUGAAUAUUUCAUAUUCACAACGAAACUUUACAUACAAAAAUAAAAGAUAUGUCAGAAUUAGACAUGGUCAUUAGUAUAUACAUGUAUGUUAUGGUUUUUAGGUUGUAUAUGUGAGGUAUGUGAAGGAUAACAAUUGCACGGGCACAAUGUCAUUAACUCGACACAGCAUGAUUCAUUCGACAAAAAAGCUUUUCAAUUCAGUGUACAUCUAACUUGACGUUCAAAGCAAUGUAUUUGGAGUUUUCCUUUCAUUUUGAUCGAAGGUUAUAAUUGUCAUGAAAUUUAAAACGUCUGAUGCCCUGUCAUUCUUCUAAUAUUAGAUUAU